AUGAGCGACAUUUCAUUUCCACCAGAAAUCUUGCAACAAAUCAUAACAUUUCAUGAAGACAACUACAAAACGCUCUACUCUUGUUUAUUAGUCAAUAAAUACUGGUGUCGUAAUGUGGUACCGAUUCUUUGGCGAAACAUGCCAGAAAAAUACAAAAAAAAGUCACCGUCAGCUUAUAAAUUCAUCCAAGCAUAUAUCAAUUGCUUGAGCACAGAUACUCGUGCGCAAUUAGGGUUGACAAAAUCUGACCAGCAAAAUGAAUCUUCAGUUUUUUUGUAUCCCACUUAUCUCAAAGUAUUUGAUUUGCAAUGGCUCUUGAACGAAAUUGUGAGCUGGUAUGGAAAAUUAUUUAGAAAUAUUCCUAAGAAACAAAGACGAGGACCAUAUGAAUUUCUUGAAGCAAUCAUUAAUCUCUUGCGUACAAAUAAAGCACGAAUUGAAAAAGUGAGAAUCGUGUUACUAGAACCUAUCAAAGAAGAUGAAAAACAACAACUCUUACGAAUAGUCACCAAUCUUGUCAAACAAUCUCAAGAUGAAGAAGAUGGUCUAUUAGGCAAACUACGCGAAGUUCAUUUUUCUCAAUAUGUUUUUAGGAUUCAAGAGGUAUUCAAGCUGUUCGCACGACACUGUAACAAUUUUCAGUGUCUCAAGCUCAAAAAUGCAACGAUCGAGAAACAACCAAUCAGAGGAUUACUCAAAUUAAUUCAAGCGGUAGCACCAAAUUUAGAAGAAAUUACUUGUGAAAAUCUUAAGGUCAAAAAUCUUGAAAUUUGGUCGCAUAUCUCAUUUCAAUUGUCGACCAGUCUCCGAAAAAUCACUAUUAAACAGACAUUUAAUUUUGAUUAUGAUUAUUUGGAUUUUCUGUUGCAGUUUCAAAACUUGGAAACUUUAGAAUUAAUUGGAACUUUUAGUAGUCGAUAUACCUUUAAUAGUCAAUAUAUAAUAUCUGAUCAUAACUCAAAGAUCUUCCCGUCUCUGAAAAAAUUCAUCCGCAGAACUCAUUCGAAUUAUUAUUACGCACUUGGUAUUGUUAUGGACAUUUUGAUCCUGUCACGAAAUACUUUAAAAUCGUUGAUACUUCAUUUUGAAUUAGUUUAUAACAUAGAAUUCCUCAAUGAGUUGGAGUCAUUAGUAACAUUAACCGAGUUAACAAUCAAAAUUGACUCUACCGAAUCCCUUCAUAAUUUUCUUUUUCUUCUUGAAUACUUGCAGAAUUUGAAAUUUCUAACGAUAAAUGGUCGCAAUGGAGGUAACAAUUAUUCAACUGUAACCUUGCCAGAGAGCAGGUUGCUUUUUCCCGCGGCUCUGGCAUAUUUCGAAUUUUCAAUCCGGAUUCCUUUCACCUCGGAUUCGCUUACCACUUUUCUUGGCUAUUUCGAUAAGCUGCCGAGGUUCAUUAAGAUUACCGUGCCUUCAUACAAGCUUCUUGGUGGCAUGAAGAAUCUGGCGCUUGCUCGUGGUGAAAGGAUCCAUAGAUUUGGAUGGAAUUAUGUUGAUGAAGCCCAAACAUGGUUAUUCAAAUUUAUUUGGAUUUCUUUGGAUUAG